GUAUGGUGAUUGGACAAACUUGGCAAGCCGUUCAGCGUCCAACCAAACGAUCUAGCAACAGUUGGAUCAACAGUUUGUGACUACAUGAGGAAAAAAUAACAAGCUCCUCUGAAUGGCUUGCGGAAUUUCCCAGCAAAUUCUUCAGUAAAAUUAAAUGUUGGCAUUAUGAGAAGUGUGUGUUGCCGAAGACCAAGAGGAUGAAGACCUAACUUGGUUAGCUAAACAACAUCAUCGGCUAAAUUGCUAAUAUCAGUGCUGUAUGCUAUUAGGCUAAAGUCUGGAAAGGUUCUGUUUUGCAGAGUCUUGACGCCAUCAACUGUUCAAACAGCGAAAUUACACUGCUUUAGCCUGAGGCGACCCUUAGUGGAUCCAAUACUUUACUUUUCACUGUAUUAUAUAGAUAACGUUUUAGUGUUGGGAUGAAUUUCUCAGAAGUGUUCAAGCAGUCCAACCAACUCUGCAAAGUUUCCCCUGAUGGGAAAUAUCUGGCUACCUGUGUACAGUACAGGCUUGUGAUCCGAGAUGUCAACACCUUGCAAAUCCUGAACCUGUAUACCUGUCUGGAUCAAAUAUCCCACAUGGAAUGGUCCUCAGACUCCCUGUUUAUCCUUUGUGCUAUGUACAAAAGAGCACUGGUACAGGUGUGGUCUCUCGAGCAGCCGGACUGGCACUGUAAGAUUGAUGAGGGCUCAAUUGGACUAGUCUCCUCACGCUGGAGUCCAGACGGACGUCACAUUCUCAACACCACUGAGUUCCAUCUGAGAAUUACUGUUUGGUCCUUGUGCACCAAAGCCGUUUCCUACAUUAAGUACCCCAAAGCAUGUCAGAAAGGUUUAGACUUCAGCAGAGAUGGAUGCUAUAUGGCUCUGGCUGAGCGUCGUGACUGCAAAGACUACGUCAGUAUAUUUGUUUGUGACGACUGGCAUUUACUCAGGCAUUUUGAGACUGAAACUCAGGACCUUUCUGGAUUGGAGUGGUCUCCCAACGGCUGUGUGCUGGCCGUGUGGGAGAGCUGUCUGGAGUACAAGAUGUCGCUUUACUCGUUGGAUGGCCGGCUGCUGUCAACCUACAGUGCCUAUGAGUGGUCGCUGGGUAUCAAGUCCGUGUCGUGGAGCCCCAGCAGCCAGUUCCUGGCCAUUGGCAGCUUUGAUGAAAAAGUCCGCAUCCUCAAUCAUAUCACAUGGAAAAAAAUUGCACAGUUUGAGCAUCCUGCUAUCAUUGAUAACACAAAAGCUACUGUAUAUAAAGAAAUUGAAAAAAGACCAGCAGUGUCCAGUGAUGAAAUGUCCCUGCACGACAUCACGGUGGCCAGCUCCCUUUUCAGCACCCAGAGCAAAUAUGACAUAAGCCCAUUGCCUGUCCAGAUUCCUGUUGUCAAACCGGACCCAGACCGAGCCAACCCCAAGAUCGGUGUGUCUGCUUUGGCGUUCAGUUCUGACAGUCGCUAUAUUGCCACUAAAAAUGACAACAUGGCCACUGCUGUCUGGGUGUGGGACAUGCAGAAGUUGCGCCUGGAGGCUGUGCUGGAGCAGACAUCGACCAUCCGUUGCUUUCAGUGGGACCCCCGGCGUCCUCGGCUCGCUCUUUGUACUGGAAACAGCAAACUUUACCUUUGGUCCCCAGGAGGCUGCGUCUCUGUUCAAGUCCCAGCCGAAGGAGGCUUUCAAGUACAUUCCCUUAACUGGCACUGCAGUGGAGACUCCCUGAUACUGAUUGGAAAGGACCAGCUUUGUUUAUGCUACAUGGAUGCUGACCAAAACAACGAAUGAAACUCUUUUCUCAAGAACAAAUGGACUUCAGUUCAGCCUGAGGGAGUUGUGCUCUUGUAGAAUCUUCUUCAGGAAAGUUUUCUCUUGAUUGAAGCUGUUUCGUUAGUUUUUUAAAUGUCUCCAGUGCAGAAAAGAGUUAAAUAUUGAGCACUUGAUGCACCAUGCCAGCACUAAGAGUCAUUUGCAUAGACAUCUUUAAAUUAAUAUAUUCAAUAGAUACAAUUUAAACACAAUUUCUUAACAGGUUACAAAUAUUUUUGAGAUGGAAUUUAGUUUUUCAAGCUUGUAGAACUAUUCUAAAUAAAGUAUUUUUUGAUAACACCACA